GACUCGUAAACAUCAGUUUUUCCACAGACCUUCCUCUUUAGUCGGAUCUGCCUAAAUUGAUUUUUUGCGGUCAGUCUUUUUCAUUUUAUGAUCAUGUUUAUGAUCUGGAUUCUCUCCGCUCUCCUCAUCGUUAUCAGCCAGACUUUACUGAGCGAUGCUGCUCUGAUCUAUGGAAAAGUUGGUGGCUCCAUUGUUCUGAAUCCAGCUCAGAUUUCAGAGACCAUCAAGUCAGCAACAUGGAAGCACAACACGGACCUCGCCGUGGACUGGUUUGGGCAGGAAAUUAUUUGUCAUAGAACUUUUGAAGGUCGCUGUGGCUUUGAUAAAAGAAGUGGAAGUUUGACCAUCAACAGUCUGACUCUAGAGGACAGCGGCAGCUACACAGUUGAGAUCAACAAUAAAGUUCUGGAGAAGAAGGAACUCCAGGUUAUCACUGAUCUAAUCUAUGGAAAAGUUGGUGGCUCCAUUAUUCUGAAUCCAGGUCAGAUUUCAGAGCCUAUUGAGACAGUGAAAUGGAGGUACAAAGCAGAGCUUGCCUCAAAGGGUUCUUGGCAAAAUAUUCAAAAAGACAAUGUUUUUAAAGGUCGCUGUGACUUUGAUAAAACAAGUGGAAGUUUGACCAUCAACAGUCUGACUCUAGAGGACAGCGGCAGCUACAUAGUUGAGAUCAACAACAAAGUUCUGGAGAAGAAGGAACUCCAGGUUAUCACUGAUCUGAUCUAUGGAAAAGUUGGUGGCUCCAUUAUUCUGAAUCCAGGUCAGAAUUCAGAGCCUAUUGAGAAAUUAAAAUGGAGGUACAAAUCAAACUCUGCUUUGCUGAAAUUUUGGAAGGACAUUGAUCAUAAAAGUUUCCAAGGUCGCUGUGACUUUAAUAAAACAAGUGGAAGUUUGACCAUCAACAGUCUGACUCUAAAGGACAGCGGCAGCUACAAACUUGAGAACAACAAAGUUCUGGAGAUGAAAGAACUCCAGGUUAUCAAACCGGUCCCAAAACCCAGUGUGUCCAUAAAGUACAACCAUGAGAAGGAUUCCUGGAGUCUCACCUCCAACGUUCCAUCCUCUUCUUCUCCACUUUCAUCUACUAUAGGAGGCCUUUAUCCUCUGGACCCUCAAGGUUCCCCCCCUCUGCAGCUCAGCUCAACUUCAGAACAGGUAUACCCUCGUACAUCAGAAAACCUGCAAGACCCUCCUGCGUCAGAGACGCUGCCCUCCUCCAGAGACUCUCCUUUGUCCCCGGCCCCCAGAGACCCUGCCUCGCCGCCGGCUCCGCGGCACUCUGCCUCGCCUCCGGCCCCACUGCCGGCCACCAGAGACUUUGAUUUUCCUCCGCCCACCCUGG